UAACAAUUAAUAUUUACUUUAUGCAUUCACAAUCUUCUCCUUAAGAUAAUUUACCCCAACAUUCAUAGCAAUAAUAACCAACAAAUUAGCCACCUCCUCCUUAAUAAAAUACCACUUAAUACUAUCCUGUCUUCUAUAUAUAACCUAAUACGUAAUAUACUAAAUUUAAAUAGUUUUCCUUUGCCAAAUAUUCCAUAACUAAAUAGAAUUGAACAUAAAGAUUCUUGGUUUGUUUGUCAUCCAGUUAUGCCUGAUGAUCCAUUUUUUUCUUAUCUCUCUCAUGUUACUAAUAUUAUACAAAAACCAUAAGCAUUAUAAAAUGAAAUCCCUAUCAAAAUUGAAGAUGAUAAAGAAUUACCAUAACCAAUAAUUUAAAAUUAGACAAAGUAAAUUCGUAGAGAUUAAAUUAAAAAAUAAUAACGACCUCCUUUGCUCAAAAAUUAGAUUAAAAUUAAAGAAAUGGCUCAAAAUUCUAAAGAAUCAGAUUUUUAGCCUUGUAAUUGUUCUUAAAGUAGUUGUCUUAAAAGAUAUUGUGCUUGCUUUCAUAGUGGCAGAAUGUGCAUUGAUGAAUGUUAAUGUAAAGAUUGCAAGAAUUGUGAAUAGUUUUCAGAAGAUAGAAACUUUGCAAUCAAUCAUGUUUUUAAAAAAUGCCACAGAGAUAAAAAUGUACCAGUAAAUGAAUUAUUAUCUUUAUAAAUCAGUUAUGGAUGUAAAUGUAAAGCAACAGGAUGUUAAAAAAAAUAUUGUGAAUGCUUCAAAAGAGGAUAACUCUGUGGAGAUUUAUGUUCUUGUGAAGAUUGCUUAAAUAUUCCAUUUAAUAUAAUUAAUAAAGGUUAAUUGAGAAAGAAAAUCAACCUCUAAAAAUGA